GGCGCCGCCAUCACCUCCUCCGGGGAGCUUUACAGCUGGGGCCUGGGGGAAUAUGGCCGCCUGGGACACGGCGACAACACGACACAGCUGAGACCGAAACUUGUGAAAGUGCUUCUGGGACACCGUGUGAUCCAGGUGGCCUGUGGUAGCAGGGAUGCUCAAACGUUAGCUCUCACUGAUGAAGGAUUGGUGUUCUCGUGGGGCGACGGGGACUUUGGGAAACUCGGUCGCGGCGGGAGCGAAGGAUGCAACAUUCCCCAGAACAUUGAAAGGUUAAACGGGCAAGGCGUCUGCCAGAUUGAAUGCGGCGCUCAGUUCUCCUUGGCUCUCACCAAAUCGGGCGUGGUGUGGACCUGGGGCAAAGGGGACUACUUCCGACUGGGCCACGGCACUGAUGUCCAUGUGCGGAAGCCUCAAAUGGUAGAGGGGCUGAGAGGCAAAAAGAUUGUCCAUGUCGCAGUGGGAGCCUUGCAUUGUUUGGCUGUUACCGAUUCUGGACAGGUAUACGCGUGGGGCGACAACGACCACGGGCAGCAGGGCAACGGCACCACUACCGUCAAUCGGAAGCCCACCCUGGUGCAAGGUCUGGAGGGCCAGAAGAUCACCAGGGUGGCCUGCGGCUCCUCGCACAGCGUGGCCUGGACCACCGUUGAUGUAACUACGCCCUCCGUGCACGAGCCAGUCCUUUUCCAGACAGCCAGGGACUCGCUGGGGGCGUCUUAUCUCGGCGUCCAGUCAGACAGCGACCCGUCAGCGGCCAGCAACAAAAUGAUCGGUCAGAGCAACGUGAAACCCAAUCGACCGUCGCUGGCCAAAAUUCUCCUCAGUCUGGAUGGCAACCUGGCCAAGCAGCAAGCCCUCUCUCAUGUGCUCUCAGCCCUCCAGAUCAUGUAUGCCAGGGACGCGGUGGUGGGAGCUCUGAUGCCAGCCAGCAUGAUUGUGCCCGCCGAACGUCCUUCCAGCUCCCCCGUGCCUCCAUUCGACUCGUCGUCUUCAUCCAGCGUCAGUGAUGACGAAGGGCCUCCCGUCACGCCGGAGAUGGAGGCGCCGGUCAGCCCCAAUCCUUGGCAAGACAAGAAGGGCGAGGUUCCCUCUUCGGAAGACGCCGUGACGCCAUCGUCUGCCAUCACUCCCUCGGCCUCGGGCGCAUCCUCACGUCCUUUCAUCCCCGUCACAGAUGACCCGGGAGCCGCCAGCAUCAUCGCAGAAACCAUGGCAAAGACCAAAGAGGACUCUGAAAGCCAAAGUAAAGUGGUGGGCCCGGAGCCUCAGUACCUGGACGAAUUCUCCAGCUUGCUCGUGCCCGACGACACCCGAGUCAUGGUGGACCUGCUUAAGCUAGCCGUGUCUUGUCGCUCUGGGGAGAAAGGCAAGGAGGUGCUCUCGGCCGUGUUGUCCGGCAUGGGAACGGCGUACCCGCAGGUGGCCGACAUGCUGCUGGAGCUGUGCGUCACCGAGCUGGAGGACGUGGCCACUGACUCGCAGAGCGGACGCUUGUCCUCGCAGCCCGUCGUCGUGGAGAGCAGCCACCCCUACACCGACGACACCUCCACCAGCGGCACCGUCAAGAUCCCCGGCGCCGAAGGUCUGCGGAUAGAGUUUGACCGGCAGUGUUCGACUGAAAGACGCCACGACCCGCUGACGGUAAUGGAUGGAGCCAACAGGAUUGUGUCAGUCAGAUCAGGUCGCGAGUGGUCAGAUUGGUCCAGCGAAUUAAGGAUCCCAGGCGACGAGCUCAAGUGGAAAUUCACCAGCGACGGCUCGGUCAACGGCUGGGGCUGGCGCUUCACCGUGUACCCGAUCAUGCCUGCUGCAGGUCCCAAAGACUUGCUCUCAGACCGCUGCAUCUUAUCCUGCCCCUCCAUGGACCUGGUGACAUGUCUACUAGACUUCAGGCUCAACUUUGCCUCCAACAGGAGCAUCGUGCCUCGUCUCGCCGCCUCCUUGGCAGCUUGUGCUCAGCUCAGCGCUUUGGCUGCCGGACACAGAAUGUGGGCCCUGCAAAGACUGCGAAAGCUUCUGACCACAGAGUUUGGGCAAUCCAUCAACAUAAACAGGCUGCUGGGUGACACGGACGGCGAGGCUCGCGUUGUGAGCUUUACAGGCAGCGCGCUGGCCGCCCUGGUCAAGGGCCUUCCCGAGGCUCUGCAGAGGCAGUACGAGUACGAGGACCCCAUCGUCCGGGGUGGGAAACAGCUCCUCCACAGCCCCUUCUUCAAGGUGUUGGUGGCUCUCGCCUGUGACCUGGAGCUGGACACGUUGCCGUGUUGUGCUGAGACACACAAAUGGGCCUGGUUCCGCCGCUACUGUACAGCCUCCAGGGUGGCUGUGGCGCUGGAUAAAAGGACCUCCCUGCCCAGACCCUUUCUGGACGAGGUGACUAAGAAGAUCCGUGAGCUCAUGGCCGACCACGAGAGCGUCAACGUGCUCCACGAGAGCCACGAGCUGUUCAAGCGCGAGCACGACGAGCAGCUGGUGCAGUGGAUGAACCGGCGGCCCGACGACUGGACGCUCUCGGCGGGCGGCAGCGGGACCAUCUACGGCUGGGGGCACAACCACCGCGGGCAGCUCGGUGGCAUCGAGGGGGCCAAGGUUAAAGUGCCCACGCCGACCGAAGCCCUCGCCACGCUGCGGCCCGUGCAGCUCAUUGGAGGGGAGCAGACGCUCUUUGCCGUCACUGCCGAUGGAAAGCUGUAUGCCACCGGGUAUGGCGCCGGAGGCCGACUGGGUAUCGGCGGUACCGAGUCGGUGUCCACACCGACUCUGCUGGAGUCCAUCCAGCAUGUCUUCAUCAGAAAAGUGGCGGUCAACUCAGGAGGAAAGCACUGCCUGGCACUCUCCUCGGAGGGAGAGGUCUAUUCGUGGGGAGAGGCGGAGGACGGAAAGCUAGGCCACGGCAAUAGAAGCCCCUGUGAUCGUCCUCGUGUAAUUGAGUCCCUGAGAGGAGUGGAAGUGGUGGAUAUCGCCGCGGGAGGGGCGCACAGCGCUUGCAUCACGGCCAGCGGAGAGCUUUUCACUUGGGGGAAGGGCCGCUACGGCCGCCUCGGCCACGGCGACAGCGAGGACCAGCUGAAGCCCAAGCUGGUGGACGCCCUGCAGGGCCACAGGGUGAUCGACGUGGCCUGCGGAAGUGGCGACGCCCAGACCCUGUGCCUGACCGAUGACGACAUGGUGUGGUCCUGGGGCGACGGCGACUAUGGAAAACUUGGCCGAGGAGGCAGCGACGGCUGCAAAAUACCCAUGAAAAUUGAUUCAUUGACCGGCGUGGGUGUGGUCAAAGUGGAGUGCGGCUCACAGUUCUCGGUGGCGCUCACAAAGUCGGGAGCCGUCUACACGUGGGGCAAAGGAGACUACCAUCGACUGGGACACGGGUCCGAUGACCACGUAAGGCGGCCGCGGCAGGUUCAAGGCCUCCAGGGGAAGAAGGUCAUUGCCAUUGCGACCGGAUCACUGCACUGUGUGUGCUGCACGGAGGAUGGAGAGGUGUUCACAUGGGGCGACAACGACGAGGGCCAAUUGGGCGACGGCACCACCAACGCCAUCCAGAGGCCACGACUGGUGGCGGCGCUGCAGGGCAAGAAGAUCAACCGGGUCGCCUGCGGCUCCGCCCACACGCUCGCCUGGUCCACGAGCAAGCCCACAAACGCCGGCAAGCUUCCCGCACAGGUCCCGAUGGAGUACAACCACCUGCAGGAGAUCUCCAUCAUGGCGCUGAGGAACCGGCUGCUCCUGCUGCAUCACAUCUCCGAGCUCUUUUGCCCCUGCAUUCCCAUGUUUGACCUGGAGGGGCGCUUGGGCCAAACGGGCCAGGGACCCUCACUGGGCUUUGACACCCUCCGCGGCAUCCUCAUCUCGCAGGGCAAGGAAGCGGCCUUCAGGAAGGUAGUCCAGGCCACCAUGGUGCGGGACAGACAGCAUGGACCUGUGGUAGAGCUCAACAGAAUACAGGUGAAGCGUUCUCGAAGCAAAGGAGGCCUGGCGGGUCCUGACGGAACCAAAUCGGUGUUUGGUCAGAUGUGUGCCAAAAUGAGCUCGUUUAGCUCCGACUCUCUGCUGCUCCCCCAUCGAGUGUGGAAAGUCAAAUUUGUGGGGGAGUCCGUGGAUGACUGCGGCGGCGGCUACAGCGAGUCCAUCGCUGAGAUGUGCGAGGAGCUGCAGAACGCCCUGACGCCGCUGCUCAUCGUCACUCCAAAUGGACGCGACGAGUCCGGGGCCAACCGAGACUGCUUCCUGCUCAACCCCGCCGCCAAGUCGCAGCUACACAUGAGCAUGUUUCGCUUCCUUGGGGUUCUGCUGGGUAUCGCCAUCCGCUCCGGAAGUCCACUGAGUCUCAAUCUGGCCGAGCCAGUGUGGAAACAGCUGGCCGGGAUGAACCUGACCAUUGCGGACCUCAGUGAGGUGGACAAGGACUUCAUUCCCGGCCUGAUGUACAUCCGUGACAAUGAGGCCACGUCCGAGGAGUUUGAGGCCAUGACUCUGCCUUUCACCGUCCCAAACGCCAGUGGCCAGGACAUCCAGCUCAGCUCCAAGUACUCGCACAUCACGCUGGACAACCGCGCGGAAUACGUGCGACUCGCCAUCAAUUACAGGUUGCACGAGUUUGACGAGCAGGUGUCAGCCGUUCGGGAGGGCAUGGCCCGUGUCGUUCCUGUUCCUGUGCUGUCACUUUUCACCGGAUAUGAACUGGAAACUAUGGUGUGCGGGAGCCCCGACAUCCCGCUGCAUCUGCUGAAAUCUGUGGCCACCUACAAGGGUGUGGAGCCCACGGCCCCCCUGGUGCAGUGGUUCUGGGAAGUGAUGGAGUCCUUCUCCAACACGGAGCGCUCCCUCUUCCUACGCUUCGUCUGGGGGCGCACGCGGCUGCCGCGCACCAUCGCAGACUUCCGUGGACGUGACUUUGUCGUACAGGUGCUAGACAAGUACAACCCUCCCGACCAUUUCCUCCCCGAGUCGUACACGUGCUUCUUCCUGCUCAAGCUGCCACGCUACUCAUGCAAGCAGGUACUGCAGGAGAAGCUCAAAUACGCCAUCCACUUCUGCAAGUCCAUCGACACGGACGACUAUGCCCGAAUUGCCCUGUCGGGCGAGCCGGCCGCCGAUGACAGCAGCGACGACUCGGACAACGAGGACGCCGAGUCCUUCGCCUCGGACUCCACCCAGGACUACCUCACCGGGCACUGACCUCCUGCAGGGUUACUGGGAAGGCGGGUUCAGGUGGAAUUUUAUCUUUUUUUUUUCUUUUUUUUUUUAUGCUCACAUUCCUGCAGGUUAGACGCACUCGUCUGUGUGUGAAUAUGAGUGUGUGUGUGAUUGUGUGUGUGCGCAUGUGUGUGUGCAACCAGCUGUGAAGCAUUAAGAGCUUAUAAGAAGAGCCAUCCCAUGAUUGCUACGUUUUAUUUAUAUUGUAAAGACGACUUUAGUCUCUGUAAAUAGAAGUGGAUACAGUAAACAGUAGCCCGCCCCCCCCCCUUUUUUUUUUUGUCUUUGGAGAUGAAUAAACGUUUUAAAGAUGUAGUUCCUGCUCAGACGUCGGUCUAAUGAAGUGUCUGUUGUCACAGUGUCUCCCCGUUGAAUGUGUGUACAUAAAUAAAUAUACAGAAUAAAAUAUGUCUGUGCCAUGUAUUCAA